GCGCCCAUGAGCGCUUGCGCGGGCGGCGCGGGACGGGCCGGCAUGGCGUUCCGGCAGGCGCUGCAGCUGGCGGCCUGCGGCCUGGCGGGGGGCUCGGCAGCCGUGCUCUUCUCGGCCGUGGCGGUGGGGAAGCCCCGCGCGGGCGGGGACGCGGAGCCGCGCGUGGUCGAGCCGCCGGCGUGGGCCGGGGCCACGCGUCCCGGGCCCGGCGUCUGGGACCCCAACUGGGACAGGCGAGAACCACUGUCGCUGGUCAACCUGCGGAAGAGGAACCUGGGAUCUGGGGACGAUGACGUGCCGCCCAGGAUGGACCACUACAAAGCCAAGGCCACAAGGCACAUCUUCCUCAUCAGACACUCCCAGUACCACGUGGACGCCUCCCUGGAGAAGGACCGCACGCUGACACCACUGGGUCGUGAACAGGCUGAGCUAACUGGUCUCCGGCUGGCCAGCUUGGGGCUGAAGUUUAACAGAAUCGUGCAUUCCUCCAUGACCCGUGCUGUGGAAACCACUGACAUUAUCCGCAAACACCUGCCAGGCGUCAACACGGUCAGCACAGACCUGCUGAGGGAAGGUGCCCCCAUCGAGCCCGACCCACCCGUGUCCCACUGGAAACCGGAGGCUGUGCAGUAUUACGAGGAUGGAGCCCGGAUCGAGGCUGCCUUCCGGAACUACAUCCACCGGGCCGACGCCAAGCAGCAGGAGGACAGCUACGAGGUCUUCGUGUGCCACGCCAAUGUCAUCCGCUACAUCGUGUGCCGGGCACUGCAGUUCCCUCCAGAAGGUUGGCUCCGCCUUUCCCUCAACAACGGCAGCAUCACCCACCUGGUGGUGCGUCCUGAUGGCCGCGUGGCGCUCAGAGCCCUCGGGGACACCGGCUUCAUGCCUCCUGACAAGAUAUCCCGCUCCUGAGGCCCGUGCCUGGCUCUGGCGUGGGCGCCGCCGGGAGCACCGGCUCCCUCCCUCGUCCCCUCACAGGCAAUGCCGUGGUUACUUUCCGUUUCUCCAGGACGAGGGGCGAAGUGGAAAACUUUAAAAUGCGGCACUGCAGGCGUCACUGUUCUGGCCCAGGAUGGAAAAGUGGACGCUCGGUCAGAGCAGCCUGGUUUCUCUCACAAGGUGUCCAGCCUUCGUCUCAUGUCCCAGGAUGAGCCUGUGGGGUUGAAGGUGUCACUAGCAGCACUGCGGGCCCACGGCAGCUCCACACGAGGAGUCUCUGGUUGUGACUGCAGCCCCCAGCACGACGUCCUCGAGGAGGGCCCAGGGCUGCCAUUCUAACUUAUUUCGCUUCGUACACUCUUCUUAAAACCUUUUGUCAUGUAUUUGUCAGUUAAAGGUUUUCCUCAUCUGGGUUUUCUUAGAAAAGCAGUUUUUCCAAAGUUGUGCAGCCCCAGCGCUGCUGGAUCUGAGCUCACUUUUUAUUAGGCCUUUCUGGACACAGGCGCACCUGGCCAGGGGUAGGGAGGGGACACAACCUGCUGGUGUCAGGGAGAGGGGCCAGGUGGUGACAGCCCAGGAGAGGGUCCUAUUUAAAUAAAAUAUCCACUUGAGAGCUGAAUCUUCGUUUGCCUCCGGCUCUUACCUUUAUGUUUGUGGAUGAAAGUACUUAGGUGUGAUGCAUCCAUCCCAAACUGUUAGUUUACACAGCAGUACAAUGUCUCGUAAGUGGUUGUGGACACUGUAAUUAGUGCCACUGAUUGGGCUGUCUGAUCCACUUCUGUCAACUUGGAAACGACUACAAAAUAAAACUUUAUUUUACUGGUUUUCCAAAG